UCUGCUGACCGUGAAGGGCGACCCCGCCAGAGCCGCAGCCUGGGCACCAACACCGUCCGCCUGGUCCAGGCCAGUUCCCACGGGGGUCAGCCCUGGGCAGGUCGCUGGUACGUGCAGCCCCUCACCUAUCGCCUGGAGGGCCAGCAUGAGGCCGAGCACCUCCUUCGAGCCACCGUGGUCUACCUGCCCAGCCUGCCUCUGGCCCACAGUCGCCUCCUCUGCGCCUUGGAGCUGGCAGCCACUGGCAAGGCACCCAGGGUACUGCUCAGCCCUGCCGCCCGCUCCCGCCAUGGCUGGGCCGAAGCAGAUGUCACCCCUUACUUGGUGCUGAGGAAUGGCAGCAUGGGGAGCCUGGUCCUGAGGCAUGUCUGUGUGCAUGCCGGCCGGGCAGGGGGCCCCAAUGCGCCAGUGGCCCCCAGCCACCCCUUCCUCCUCCUCUACCUCAACGACACCCAGGCUGGGCUAGCACCUCCAGCAGCAGAGCCCCGCCGGCACAGGCGUGACACAGGGACACUGGCCCACGACCUGCCUGGCUACUUGAGAGAGCAGGGAGGGGAGAAGAGUGACUGUUCCCUGCGCCCCUUCCCCGUCAGCUUCGCCGAGCUGGGCUGGGACCACUGGAUCAUCGCUCCCCACCGCUACAACCCACGCUACUGCAAGGGUGCCUGUCCCCGCCUGCUCCGCUAUGACUACCAUGCGCCCAACCACGCUGUGGUGCAGAGUUUCGUCCAUCAGCUGGUGGAUGCCAAUGUGCCCCGGCCCUCCUGUGUCCCCUACCGCUACAGCCCCAUCAGCGUUCUCAUGAUCGAGCGUGACGGUGGCAUCCUCUACAAGGAGUAUGAGAACAUGAUUGCGGAGUCCUGCACCUGCCGGUAA